AUGGAGUCGCUGCUCAAUUCCAGCUCCGCGCAGCCAGCUGUCUCCUACACGCAAUUCUUUGAGGUCGCAAAACAGCACAAUCUGUCCACCAUGGAAAGCCUCUGGCAGGCGCACUACUCCUACUGGAAUAACGACACACUCGCCACAGGAAUCAUGGCCUUCGUCGCCCACGAACUGAUUUACUUCGGCCGAUGUAUUCCCUGGGUUAUCGCCGACGCUCUACCCAUUUUCUUCCACAGGUACAAGAUUCAAGACAAAAGACCCCCUCCAUCGGUCAUGGACCAAUGGACCUGCGUCAAAUACAUCCUCGCCAUCCACUUCAUCAUCGAGCUCCCACUGAUCAUCCUCUUCCACCCGAUGAUGAAGCUCUGCGGACUCAAAUACGACCUCCCAUUCCCGACCCUAAGCGCCAUCGCCGCACAAAUCAUCACCUUCUUCAUCGUCGAAGACACAUACCACUACUGGCUCCACCGCGCCAUGCACUGGGGGCCUCUAUACCGCUCCAUUCACCGCAUCCACCACCAAUACGCCGCUCCGUUCGGGCUCACGGCCGAAUAUGCCAGUCCAUGGGAGACGCUUCUCCUGGGACUUGGGACGAUCGGGCCCCCAUUACUCAUGGGAUACAUCACGGGCGAAGUACAUCUGAUGACGGUGUUGGUGUGGAUGACGCUGCGACAGAUCCAGGCGAUCGACGCACACUCUGGGUAUGAUUUCCCUUGGAGUUUGAGACGGAUUGUGCCGUUCUGGGGCGGAGCUGAUUGGCACGAUGAUCAUCAUCGGUAUUUUGUGGGGAAUUAUUCGAGCUCCUUUCGCUAUUGGGACGUUUUGAUGGGAACCGUUGCCGGGCCACGGGGUAAGCAGAAGAAGUAA